UAAUACUAUUUUUAUUUUUUUUGUUUAUUUAUUUUUUGCACGGUGUUAGGUAGAGUUUCAGCCCGUUUGUCUUUACUAUCUGUCAUGCUGCUGUCUGGUGGCCAUGAAAUGUUGCAGAUAUUCAUCUGUUUGUACUCCCAUAAGACUUCCUGUCAUUCCCGUUUAUUCUUCAUUUUUAUUCUCUGGAUGAUUUCAAUAAUUCCCCUGUUUGUACUCCCAUCGAUAUGUUCUGUUGUUCCCGGUUCCUACUCCUGGGAACCUAAAAGUUACACUAAUAUCGGGGUAGGCAAGGUGUGCCGGGUCGGGUAUCUUGAUUUGUACUUAUUUUCUUUUCAGUUUCUCUCUUUUGAUGAGUUUCUAUGUGAAGCACAAUCCGACGUCUGGGCUGGGCCGCAGUGAGAGGCAUUUUCAGCCUGUUUGAAAAGUGUUUGCAGCAAUGUCCCGUUUGGUGGCUCUUACUUUGCCUUUCUCUACCUGCAUUUGUAUUGCUCUGGAACCAGUCAGCAGCUAUCUGUUACCCAUAGUUCAUUUAAGAUUGAUACACAGUUGAAAACUCUUCUCUUU